CGGACAGGAAGACGGACAAGGAAUACUGGACCAGCUGGACAAACGCGGAGUGGACCGUCAACGCUUUCUUUGGUCAGCUGGGAAAAAGGCAGAUGGAUGACUUAGGUUCACAGGUCAGCUUGGCAGACGAGAACUAGACUUCCCGAUAUGUACGGAGAGCAGGACCAACUGGACAAACGUGGAGUGGACCGUAACGCUUUCUUUGGUCAGCUCGGCAAAAGCAGAUGGAUAAAUACAGGUUUCCAGGACAGCUUGGCAAAAGAGAAAUGGACCUCUCCGAUAUGGAACGGACAGCAGGACGCGCAAGAAAUGCUGGACAAACGCGGAAUGGACCGUAACGCUUUCUAUGGCCAGCUCGGGAAGAGGAGUGUGGGCUGGGCUAAGGCGAGGAGGCACAUUGGCAGAAGAGGACUAGACUUCUCCAGUCUGUAUGGACAGCUGGGAAAAAGAGGAUUUGAUCGGUACUCAUCAUUUGGACAACUUGGCAAGAGAGGCCUGGAUCAUUAUGGCAUAUUUGGACAGCUAGGAAAAAGAGGCGUAGAUGGAUAUGGGUUCUUCGGGCAGCUGGGAAAAAGGGGAUUUGACCAAUACAGAUUGUUUGGGCAACUGGGCAAGAGAGGUAUGGAUAAAUAUGGCUUCUUCGGACAGCUCGGCAAGCGUGGCCUCGGCCACUACAGCGUUUUUGGGCAACUUGGCAAACGGGACUGGGACGCCGAGAACAGCGAGUUUGAAAGGAGUCCGGCGAAGACAUCGACAACUUGGAGCUGAAAGAAGAAGAAGACAGGAAAGACUCUGCAGGACAUCUGGGAAAAGACGACGCCUCUGACGACGGCCUACAACCAUCUUUGGAAAAACUGGAAGUCAAGGAAGUCUCGUGAUGACUCAAACAUAAACAGCUGCUUGAGGUUUUUUUCCUCGGGUCAGACACGCAAUGUUUGACAUUAUUGAUAAAAGGCGAUUUCUCGCAACAAAUAUGCAAUCAUAUCAUGUGCGCCAUGAGACAUGGUUCCAUCAUAUGAACGGACAUUGUUCUGGAAGUUUCUCCGCUUUUAAUAAAUUCUUGAAAGAAAACGUUCCAAUUGUUUUCCAUUUUCAGACACGAACAGCUUUACAGAUUAUUCGCCACCAAUUAUUUACACGCUGGGCAUAAAAAUGUUUAUCAAAUGAAUCUUUAACUGUGGGUACACACGAUCUGUCGCCUCGGCCCAGUCGUUUUUUUGCGUUGACAGAUAACAUUUUUUUGUAAAGAUUUGCAAACGGAAAAUGUAAUUAGAAAGAAUCAAACCUGAACAGCCAUUAUAGAAAUUGAGGAUUUCUGUUUAAGCGCAAUCAGCAGAAUGAUUUUCUCCCCAAAUAGCUGCCAAUGCAUAGACGCAUGCACAUGCAUUUCAGAGGUUAUAGGUAUUAGGGGCUUAGUAACACAUAGACACACACACACGCACAUGCAUAAAGGAAUAAAACGAUAAGCAGAUAUGUAUGUUCCAAUUAUUUACCAAUACGCACUAUUGAAAGGUGCAUAAAAUUAUUUGUAGUUGUAUAGGAGCCCUGUUUACUGAGUCAGAGGAAGGUUGGACCCCAGAGCGGAUGUCCAGGACCCUGAGGAAAUGGCCGACAGUGGUUUUGGACACAACACGCUGGGCGCUCUUGCUGUACUAGAUGACCUAACAUCUGCUGAUAAGGAAACUCGAUGACACAAAGGAUGGCGUGCAUCCGUGUAGAGAUUUGCUCAAGAUACCAAUAUUGGGUAGAUGUGAUGAAAAUAAACGAACAAAUAUUCCUUC